UGCUACUGCAAGUCGCAGCUGCUGCAACUCCGGAACAAGGCCUUCCUCGUCGGCUUCCGAGACUCGCGCAUCGUCAGGCCAAAUCGUCGAUUCCUGAGACCCCUUAAUCGGAUGGACGAGCGCGGGCUCUCGGAGUUGUCUCGAAAUCGCUUUGACCGUGCCGCGUGAGCAGAUAUGUUUUUGGGGAUCGGAAAAGUUAUAAGACACACGGAGCAGCCGCAGAGAAAGGUGAAGGUGAGAGCAGAGAGUCGAGCGAACGCGAACGUCGCGCAAACGAGUCAGUAAGUUUGCGCAGCUCAGAUUGGCAAAACUGCGCCUGUCCAGCAACCUCGCUAUCCUGCAUUGCAGGUUCCACAUCGUUCAGGGGCCAGUCAGUUCAGUAUUUCCGAAGAUUCUGCUAUCGAAGUAUGUCAGUCAUGCGGAUGAAAGCGGUCAAGUGUACCACGGAUGAGCUGAGUCUCACCAAUUGUGCUAUUGUCAACAGAGCCGACUUUCCAGAUGACGUAAAACAUAUCGAAGUAUCAUAUUCUGGAGCAAAUCAACACUUUAUAUUUUCUAUCAAAUCAUGUCCCCAAAUAGACAGAGGUACAGUGGGCUUCAGUUUGCCUCAGAGAAAAUGGGCAACCUUGUCCCUCAAUCAGGAGAUCGAGGUCAAGCCCUACUAUUUCGAUCCUACCUCAACUUCCGAAUUUCUUUCAAAUAUCACCCUAGAGGCAGACUUUCUGCAAAAGAAAACAACAACUUUAGAACCAUAUGAUACAGAGCUAAUGGCUAAGGAUUUCCUUAUGCAAUUUGCUGGUCAAGCAUUUACAGUUGGCCAACAAUUGGCAUUCCAGUUUCAAGAUAAGAAAAUGCUUGGUUUGAUUGUUAAAAGUCUAGAAGCUGCAGAUAUACAAGCCAUCAAGUCUGGACAAGACGCUAAACCAAAGAAAACCAGAAUGGGUCGUUGCCUGGGGGACACUGCAAUACAAUUUGAAAAAGCUCCAAAUUCUAGUUUGAAUCUCACAGGAAGCAAGCAAGGCAAAAUUGUUCGCCAAUCAAUCAUUAAUCCUGACUGGGACUUCAACAAGAUGGGAAUUGGUGGUUUGGAUAAAGAAUUCAGUGCUAUUUUCAGAAGAGCAUUUGCAUCACGGGUAUUUCCUCCAGAAGUAGUUAUACAAUUAGGAUGUAAACACGUUAAAGGUAUCUUGCUUUAUGGGCCACCUGGUACAGGUAAAACGCUUAUGGCUAGGCAAAUUGGUAACAUGUUGAAUGCAAGAGAACCCAAAAUUGUCAAUGGCCCACAAAUCUUAGAUAAAUAUGUUGGUGAGAGUGAAGCCAAUAUCCGAAGACUGUUUGCUGAUGCUGAAGAAGAGGAAAAAAGACUUGGGCCAAACAGUGGACUACACAUAAUUAUUUUCGAUGAAAUCGACGCUAUCUGUAAAGCGAGAGGAAGUGUCGCUGGUGCUACUGGAGUCCACGAUACCGUAGUAAAUCAGCUACUUGCCAAAAUUGAUGGUGUGGAACAAUUAAACAAUAUACUAGUUAUCGGUAUGACCAACAGACGGGACAUGAUUGACGAGGCUUUGCUCCGACCUGGUAGAUUAGAGGUACAAAUGGAAAUCAGUCUUCCUGAUGAACACGGAAGACAUCAAAUUCUAAACAUCCACACAACUAGGAUGCGAGAUUACAAAAAAAUCGCUCCUGACGUAGACUUGAAAGAACUUGCAGUCCUCACGAAAAACUUUAGCGGUGCUGAACUAGAAGGUUUAGUCCGAGCUGCCCAGAGUACUGCAAUGAAUAGGUUAAUUAAAGCCUCUAGCAAAGUCGAAGUAGACCCGGCUGCUAUGGAGAAACUCAUGGUAUCGCGGACUGAUUUUCUUCACGCAUUGGAAAAUGAUAUCAAACCUGCUUUUGGAACGAGCGCCGAGGCACUUGAGCACCUUCUCAUUCGAGGUAUCAUCAACUGGGGCAAGCCAGUUGCCGAUAUUCUCGCCGACGGAAACCUGUACAUUCAGGAAGCACGCGCUGCGGAAGGUUCGGGCCUCGUUUCCAUCUUACUGGAAGGACCGCCCAACAGUGGCAAAACCGCGCUUGCUGCCCAGAUUGCCAAGAACUCCGACUUUCCCUUCGUCAAGGUCUGCACGCCCGAAGACAUGGUUGGCUACACGGAAUCGGCCAAAUGUUUGUCGAUCCGAAAGAUUUUUGACGACGCAUACCGCUCACAGCUUAGUUGCAUCGUAGUUGAUAACAUCGAACGUUUGUUAGAUUACGGUCCGAUUGGCCCACGAUAUUCGAACUUGACCUUGCAGGCCCUCUUGGUGCUGCUCAAAAAAUUACCUCCUCGUGGCCGUAAACUAUUGAUCUUAUGUACCACAAGUCGCAGACAAGUUUUGGAGGAUAUGGAACUUAUUACGGCAUUCAGCACUGUUCUUCACGUCCCUAACUUGUCGACUCCAGAUCAUCUCUUAUCAGUAUUGGAGGAAGUUGACCUAUUCACUAAAGAAGAAAUGGCAAAACUUCAGGGAAAACUUCAGGGAAAACGUGUCUUUAUUGGAAUUAAGAAACUUCUGGGCUUGAUAGACAUGACACGACAGGUGGAGCCGAAUUAUCGAGUAAUCAAAUUCCUCUCAAAGAUGGAGGAGGAAGGCGGCCUCGAGUAAACUGUACUUAUAUUAUCUCAGUCUAGUUGUAUUAGUGAGACAGCAUUGCUUAGCAUAAAUAGGCGAUAAAUUUCCUAACAGAUACAGCCAUAGGUUUGAGUAAUAAAAUAUUAAUAGAUUAUUAUUAUUAUUAUAUUACUAAGUCAGGCUAUUAAUCAAGAAUAUAAUUGUUGUGAAUUUAUUAUUUACUUUCAAGAGAUGCCUCGCGCCUUUCUUGAUUUUGUUUCUUUCGUGAAUUACUACAAUAUCUAUAUUGUUCUUUACAUUUAAAAAAAUUACUUGUUGAUCAAGUCUUAAAAAGAAUAGAUCUCCUGUAUAAAUAAUAAUUAAACGUAAAUGUACAGCGUUAAUAACUGUAAGCACGAUUGAAUAUUAAAAGCACGACUAGGUUGAUAGAUUCAAAUGUUUUUGAGCCAUGAGUUUUUUUCCUACAGUAAAUAUAUAUUUUUUUUACUUUAUUAUUCAGAAAUUUAUAAAGUAUGAUUUUUUUGGCUCAAUUCUUGGCAAUAAAUUGUAAGCUGUGACAAAGAAGAAACACGAGGACGAGAAAAGAUAUACAUAUUUUGAAGUCGAUUAUGACAUGUAGCUUCCAUAGAUUUUUGGUAAUGUAAAAAUUAAAAAUUAGUUUGUUUGUAUUUAUUUAAUAACUUUAGAACAGAACAACGUAAAUGUUAAAGAUCAUCUACAUAAUUCUGAGAUGGUUAUCUAGAUUAAAUCAGACUCAAGCAUUUUGCCACCCAAAGAAUUAUUUUUUUAAGCAUUAUAUACCGUGUCAAUUCAUAAAAUAUGAAAAAUUUUGUAGAUUGUCUCUUAGCUGAAAAUGUAAAUGGCGUUUGAUAUUAGCUACUGUCUACUAAGAUUUGAUCUGUGAAAUCAUUCCAUUAAUUUGUACAAAUAUCUUUUAUUUUAUUAUUUUAUUUAUUUAUAUAUAUUUAUACUAAUUAUAUGUUCCUGUGCAAAAACACAUCAUGAUUCUAAAUUUGUCUUCAUUGACAUUUUGUUAAAUUGGCUUGUACAUGCCGUAAUAAAUUUUAUUUUAUUUUUAUCACUUAUUACCUAAAAGUUAAUAAAAAAUCAUUUGUGCUUCUAAACUUGUUUAAACAUUUACAAUUGUUACAGAAUGCAAGAUUUUAGCCAGUCUUGCAUAAAGACAAAUUGUUUGUCGAUUCGUAUAAAUGAUACUUAUGUAUGUUUUCAAUUGUAUUUAUUGCUGCUGUAUUGUAUUAAUAAAUGUUUAUGGAUUAAGUACCUUUAGUCGCAAAAAUCAACUUUACCCAUGGUUAUCUUUGUCGAAAAAUAGUACAUUACGUUAAAAGUGUCGUGAUCGCACUCUCUGGCACGACAAAAAAUGGCACUAUGAAGACAUACGUAUUGUAUAUUAUAUUA